UCCACAAAGGCCUCAAUGGACUUUACUGUCAUGUCCUACAACAUCCUUGCUCAGGACCUGCUGGAGGCCAACCAGGAGCUGUAUGUACACUGCCCCCUGGAGGUGUUGGACUGGAGCUACCGUUGCAGCCUUCUCUUACAGGAAAUUGAGAAAUGGGCACCAGAUGUUCUGUGUCUCCAAGAGGUUCAGGAGAACCACUACCAUGAACAACUGUAUCCAGUCCUGACUCAGAUGGGCUACACCUGUGUAUACAAGCGGCGGACAGGAACCAAGACAGAUGGCUGUGCUACAUGCUAUCGAAGCAGUUGCUUUUCUAUGGUAUCAGUCACACCGCUGGAGUUCUUCAGGCCUAACAUGGAGCUGCUGAAUCGGCACAACGUGGGCAUUGUUAUGCUGCUUCGGCCGAUGGUCCCCCAGGGAUCAGAGGUCAAAGCGAAGGGCCCACUUCUCUGUGUGGCUAACACACACCUGCUCUUCAACCCCAGGAGGGGUGACGUAAAGCUGGCUCAGUUAGCCAUAAUGCUGGCAGAAAUCCACAGUGUGGUCAAGUCCUGCAAGGCAAAAGGCGAACACUGUAAUGUUAUACUGUGUGGGGACUUUAACUCUGUCCCUUACAUGCCUCUGUACCAGUUCAUCACCACUGGGGAGCUGUACUUCCAGGGUCUACCAGCAUGGAUGAUAUCAGGUCAAGAGGAUUUGUCACACAAGGCUAUUUUCCACAGACUGUUUGCUCCUCUGUGGCCUGGGGAUCUGGGAGUCAGUGACAGCUGCCAGUACGUUACAGUUGAGGAUACGAAUGAGAGCCAGAGUCGGGUACCAGGUGUAAAUAUCAGAUUUGUGUUUCAGCUCCUUUGUCAGACUUCCUGUCGUAAUAUUUGUUGGUCUUGUGUAGGGAUGCGUCAGUACAGCCAUGACUUCCUACUGCGGCUGCGCUACUGUCCACAUGCAUUUAUCCCACCUGACAUGCAGCUAAUCCCAGGCGUGACUGACCAUACACCAGAUGCUUCAAAGAGAAACCGGCCCUAUGUUGGAAGGUUCAGACACACCAUCAGUCAUCGGUUGGACUUGGAGUCAGUCUAUAAACACAUUCUCCCAGGCUCUGGCAACUCAGAAGUCACGACUCUGCACUCUGAAAUGGGAGCUACUGUCGACUACAUCUUCUAUUCCCCAAAACGCAUCUUACCCUUUAAUCAAAAAGCUGGUGACGACUCUAAGAGCAAUGGUCUGAAGUUGAUCAGUUGUCUCUCCCUCCUAUCAGAGGAUGUUUUAUGGUCAAUGAAAGGCCUUCCCAACCACAUAUUCCCCUCUGACCAUCUCAGUCUUCUGGCCAAAUUUCAGCUGGACCUGCACGCUGCAUGACAGAACAGACUGCGGGUGAACUGAACCAAGAUGGAUGUGAGAGGCAAAGCAUGUUUCUCUUCAAAUGAUCCGGGCCUCGCUCUGUUCACAUUUGGUUUUUGUUUUUGUUAGUAUGGAUACCAUUAUUUGCGGUUCAAUCCUGGCAAAAGGGGAUCAUAGUUGUCUAACUAAAUGGGACGUUCUUAUUUUUGUUCAAAGGAGCCAGGAAAAUAAUGAGUGCCAGUGUUUAACCCUGUUCCACAUGUUUUUCAUCAGAUAAAUGGUGCAGAGCUAUGACAGAGAUAUGACAAAUCUUAUAAUUGAUGAUGUAAUAGUGUAAAAAGCAGCACUUGACUUAGUGGUGUUAUAGUGGACU